ACAUCCGCGAGACUUAGAGCCCGUGUGGCAGCCGUGCGGAGCGGUCGGGUUCUCAGCGGCGUGGAAACUUGUGGUGGUGACAGGCUGCGGCCGAGCCUCUGUGAAGAAGGUGCAAGAGGUUGGCAGCUUCGCUUGAAGCACAUCGAGCCGGGCGGCGGCGGCGGCAGCAGCAGCAGCAGCAGCAUCAUCUAGGAGUCAUGAGCGACAGCGGCGAGCAGAACUACGGCGAGCGGGUUAAUGUUGAAGAAGGAAAAUGCGGAAGUCGUCAUUUGACAAGUUUUAUAAAUGAGUAUUUGAAGCUCAGGAAUAAGUGAAGCUGAAAUUUGAAAAAAUUAAAGAAUGCAUGCUAAUUAUCAGACCAGAAGUCCCACUUGUAGAAUAUUGAGCAAUUUGUGUGAAGUGGGGAAGAUGAAAGAAGUCAGAAUUUGAAACGGAAGAAUGAAGAAAAGAAAUAAAAAUGAAGUUAAGAUAAGAAGUAAUCUGGAAUCAGAAAGCACUACGCUAAGUAAUUACUAGUCUGUUUAUGUGUCCCUGUAUAUUUUGCUAAACAUGCAUGCAUUAUUUGUUUAAUAGAAGAAAAUAUAUACAGGGUAAAGAAGUGCCUUCCAGGGGGAACGUUUAAAUUAGCUGAAUAGAAGAGUCAGAUGAUUGUAAUGAUGUUGCCUACAGUUGGAUGGAACAAGUACACAUCAAAGUAAUACUCAAUGAUAGCCAACCAACAGCUGUCUUCUACCCUAUUGGAGAAGCCAAGGAAUCCCGUUCUGCUUCCAGAAGUGGAAGUGCUCAUGGAUCUGGGAAAUCUGCAAGGCAUACCCCUGCAAGGUCUCGCUCCAAGGAAGAUUCCAGGCGUUCCAGAUCAAAGUCCAGGUCCAGAUCUGAAUCUAGGUCUAGAUCCAGAAGAAGUUCUCGAAGGCAUUAUACAAGAUCACGAUCUCGGUCUCGCUCCCAUAGACGAUCCCGGAGCAGGUCUUACAGUCGAGACUAUCGGAGGCGUCAUAGCCACAGUCAUUCUCCCAUGUCUACUCGCAGACGUCAUGUCGGGAAUCGGAGAGGGUGGAAGGGAGGGGGAGAGACAGAGGGAGAGAAACAUCGAUGUGAGAGAGACACAUCCACUGGUUGCCUCCCGCACACGCCCCGACCGGUGCCGGUGAUCAAGCCUGCAGCGGAGGCAAAUCCUGAUCCCAACUGUUGUCUUGGAGUAUUUGGAUUGAGCUUGUACACUACAGAAAGAGAUCUAAGAGAAGUAUUCUCUAAAUAUGGCCCCAUUGCUGAUGUGUCUAUCGUAUAUGACCAGCAAUCUAGACGUUCAAGAGGAUUUGCCUUUGUAUAUUUUGAAAAUGUAGAUGAUGCCAAGGAAGCAAAAGAGCGUGCCAAUGGAAUGGAGCUUGAUGGACGUAGAAUCAGAGUUGAUUUCUCUAUAACCAAAAGACCACAUACCCCAACACCAGGAAUUUAUAUGGGGAGACCUACCUAUGGCAGCUCACGCCGUCGUGAUUACUACGACAGAGGAUACGAUCGAGGCUAUGAUGAUCGGGACUACUAUAGCAGAUCAUACAGAGGAGGUGGUGGAGGUGGAGGAGGAUGGAGAGCUGCUCAAGACAGGGAUCAGAUUUACAGAAGGCGGUCACCUUCUCCUUACUAUAGUCGUGGAGGAUAUAGAUCACGUUCCAGAUCUCGAUCAUACUCACCUCGUCGCUAUUAAAGCAUGAAGUGGAAGGCUUUCUGAAACCUCUCUUAGAGUUUGGAUAUUGUUUGUGGACAAUAUUUUUUAUUGUCUCCUGUUUAAAAAGUGAACAGUGCCUAGUGAAGUUAGGUGACUUUUACACCUUUUAUGAUGACUACUUUUGGUGGAGUUGAAAUGCUGUUCUCAUUCGCAUUUGUGUAGUUCGGUGCUUUGUUCCAAGUUAAGUGUUUUCAGAAAAGUAUGUUUUGCAUGUAUUUUUUUACAGUCUAAAUUUUGACUGCUGAGAAGUUUUUAUUGUACAAAACUUCAUUUAAAGGGUUUUUCUACUGAAUCCAGGGUAUUCUGAAGAUCGAAGCCUGUGUGUAAAAUGCUACCAAAUGGCAAAAAGCAACAAUAAAGUUUGAUUUUUACUUUUCUUUCUAACAUCAGUGCUUAGCAGAAUUGUUCAGACUAGGUUGUCAAUAGUAAAUUUGAAGACAAAAAUGUCCAUUUUCCUUUAGUCCAUGGAACCUACCAUACUUAAUAUACCUGCAACUAAAUAUUAAAAAUUAUGCUCUGUAACUCAGUACUGCUAGUAUUAGAACUAAUCUUUCAAUACAGCAAAUGCUUAAUGCUUAUACUAAUGUGGAUUUGUCAGCCUUUAUGUAAUCUGUAUUAUAUAGCAGGGAAAGAGUGGCACAAUGUAUGGCUUAAAAAGGCUAUUUCUCAAUGAUGGUAUUUCAACUGGUUAUCAGCAAGUGACAAUACAUUCCACCACAAAUGUGCUCUUGCUCUUGUUCUAGCUUUUAAACUAUAUGAAAGAAACUGGGUGCUUCAGAAUUUGGAGAAAGAAACACUACUGUGUUGUGGAUGAACUGAAGACUGCCUGUUCAUUUUUUAAAUAUUAUUUCAGGUCCUUUGCAUACCAGAGGAGGCCCAAUUUCACUCAAAUGUUUUGAGAACUGUGUUAAAUAAAUGCAAAUGAAAAGUAAA